AUGUUGACCAGCAUAACUGAUGGGAUCAUGUGCUGCAUCACUGGCAGAACUCUGAAUGUGGUGGGAGCCAUUGACAGUGUGGAGUCUAGCGAUGGCUACGAUUACAUUGAGGUGAAACCUGGCCGGGUCCUGCGAGUCAAACACAUCAUGCCGAGCCGAACACCGGCGGAGGAAGAGAAGAAGGAGGAAGUGGUGGUGGAGGAAGACGAGGAAGAGGAAGCAUCCGGUAAAGGCGUGGUACACUGCAAGCGCAAGAUCUCUGUCUAUCGCAAUGGGCAGGUGGUGAUCGAGAACCUCGGCGACGUCAUUCGCUCCGAGAUCCUGCACUGCCAGAACGGCAACACUGACCCCAGCAGCACGGUGGAGAUUGAACUCUCUGACGCCAAUGUCACAUCGCCCCAGGCCAACAGCGCCAGCCCCAGCGCCUGCGUCAAUGGUGGUACUGUCCCAGAGCAGGGCAUGGCUAAGCGGCGCAAACGCAAACCGAAAAAGACGGUUGUGAUCGACUGCAAGAAGCGGAUCACCAGCUGUAAGGGCACCCACUCUGAUGUGGCACUCUUCUUCAUCCAUGGUGUGGGGGGCUCGCUGGACAUUUGGAAAGAGCAGCUGGACUUCUUUGGCAAGCUGGGUUACGAGGUGGUGGCCCCAGAUCUUGCUGGGCAUGGCUCCAGCACUGCUCCAAAGAUCGGCGCCGCCUACACUUUCUACGCUCUUGCGGAGGACAUGAGAGUCAUCUUCAAACGCUAUGGGAAGAAACGCAAUAUCCUGAUUGGACACUCUUAUGGGGUUUCAUUCUGCACGUUUCUGGCUCACGAGUAUCCGGAUCAAGUGCACAAGGUGGUGAUGAUAAACGGAGGAGGUCCAACUGCCCUGGAGCCCAGUUUGUGCUCCAUCUUCAACUUGCCCACCUGUGUCCUACACUGCCUCUCACCAUGUCUCGUCUGGAGCUUCCUCAAAGCGGCGUUUGCACGACAGGGAGCGAAAGAGAAGCAAUUGUUAAAGGAAGGGAAUGCGUUCAAGGUGACUUCCUUCGUGCUGCGGGCAAUGAUGAGUGGACAGUACUGGCCCGAAGGUGAUGAGGUGUACCAUGCUGAGCUGACAGUGCCUGUCCUGUUGGUGCAUGGAAUGCACGAUAAGUUCGUCCCUGUGGAUGAAGACCAGCGCAUGGCUGAGAUCUUGCUGAUUGCGUUCCUGAAAGUCAUCGAUGAGGGGAGUCACAUGGUAAUGAUGGAAUGUCCAGAGACGGUGAACACAUUACUGCACGAGUUCCUGCUUUGGGAACCGGAGAUCACAGCGAGUGAGAAAGCGGAGACCAAACGGACGACAGAAAACAACAAGUAA